UGCUUACGACACACAGGGGAUGGGGGGAAUCUUGAGGCUGCGACAAAGAGAGAUGUAAACAUCAUUCAAACCAGCAGCGGAUUGUAAACUGUUCAACUAUUGCAAUAUUUUAUGCCUGUAAAUACAAAACACUAGCUUAUCGAAAAUGAUGCACUCCGAACGGCUUUCCUGAAUUUCCGGUUGCACGUCACUGACACUUCGUUUAAAAUGAUAUACCAUAUUCCCUGGAUCUACACACCGGUGAGGACUAUCCUGGCAAUCUGGCACCAGCUCACCAAAACUGAGAUCCCGGAGUUGGCCAAGUGCUCGGUGCUGAUGAGGGAACGCAGCAGAGUGGAGGAGACGAUCUACGCCAUGCAGCGAGCAGGUGCAGGCAGUCUGCAGGUCAUCUCAGACUUUGACAUGACACUCACCAGAUUCGCUCACAACGGCAAGAGAGUUGCCACCACCCACAACAUCCUGGAUAACCGGUUGCUGAUUAAUGAAGACUGCACUAAGAAAAUGAGGGAGCUGUUGAACAUUUAUUAUCCCAUCGAGAUUGAUGCUAGUCGGAGUGUUGAAGAGAAGCUACCUCUCAUGGUGGAGUGGUGGACCAAAGUUCACGAACUGCUGAUUCAGCAGAAGAUCAAAAAAGAUUUGCUGGCCCAGGCUGUAAGGGAAUCCAGCACCAUGCUCAGGGACGGCUACAAAGUGUUUUUUGACGGUCUGGCUGAGCAUCAGGUCCCGCUGUUGAUCUUCUCUGCUGGCGUUGGCGACGUCCUGGAGGAGGUGAUCCGUCAGAACCACGUCUUUCAUCCCAACGUUCACAUCAUAUCCAACUACAUGGAUUUUGACCGCACUGGGGUCCUGCGAGCCUUCAAAGGCCAACUGAUCCACACCUUCAACAAGAGGGAAGGUGCUCUGUCACAUGCAGCGGGCCUCAGAGAGCUGCAGGGUCGACCCAACGUUCUGCUGCUAGGAGACUCUCUGGGAGACCUCACUAUGGCCGACGGAGUCUCUGAACCCCAGAACAUCCUCACCAUUGGCUUCCUCAAUGACCAGGUGGAAGAGAGAAAAGAGACGUACGUCAACUCCUUCGACAUCGUACUGGUGAAGGAUGAGACGAUGGACGUUCCUAAUGCCAUCUUCAGGUACAUUACCUCAUCAAGAGACAAGUAAGACACACAGGAAUGAACUGUGGACUCUUCUUGAACAAAGAUGAACUGAACUGGUUCACUGCAUUCACCACGAUGCAUGCAGGACAAUCGCACAUCCUCGCUUACCUCAAACCAGAACUCAGGACUGGAUAUUUCUGGAGGUAUUGGUACAGCACACACACACUAUUAUCUAUACACUGCUUAAUCCUCUCUAGGGUUGCUGGAGUCUAUCCCAGCUGACUCAGAGUGAAGGCAGGAGACACCUGGACAGGUCUGUCGCAGGGCUACACAGAGACAAACAAGCACUCUCACAUUCACACCUAUGGACAAUUUAAAAUCACCAUUAACCUCAGCAUGUUUUUGGACUGUGGGAGGAAGCCGGAGAAAACCCACACAUGCACAGGGAGAACAUGCAAACUCCACAUAGAAAGAUCCCAGGCCCAGGCUCGAACCAGGGGUCUUCUACCUGUGAGGCAACAGUCCUAACCACACUGUGCAGCCCACACACACUCAACUCUGAAAUCUUUAUUUUGAAACUGUUUUUGACUUGUAUUUACUGUAAAUUAGUCACUGUACCAAAGUGUUAUGGUGAAAAAGGAAAAAUUGCUGCUUGAGCUGGGCUUUGAGUUGAACUGUGCUGUAGCAGAUGUAACUCGGUCAAAGGGGACUUUAUGUUGUCUUGUGCACCUUCAGUGCUUCUUCUGACAAUAUUUCUGUAGUGUUUCUAAUUUUGUCCUUUUUUUUCUCUCCGCUUCUUUAAGGAGAAAAAAACUUUUACUGGGGCUGCUUUUAAAAUUUUAGUAUGCUCAUGUAUGAGCAAAGUCAUACAGCACAUUUUGUAAAUGUAUCUGCCAGGUCUUAGACUUAAUAUUGACAUUGUUCUAGUGUGUUUCAUGUGUACUGUAUAUUACCUCUUUGUACAUGAGGUGGAGGGAUAACAAAUUUACAAAAAAAUGAAUUACUGCUACCAAUAACAUUUUACAUUGCAGUCGUUUGGGAGUAAAGCAGUCAUUCACUAGAUAGAUGGCCAUUAUUCAAGCUUUUAAAUUCUAUUAGAGAUGCUUCCUAAAACCUGUUAGUAUUUUGUUUGAGCCAACAUCCAGUAGUUUCCCACCAGCAUUAACCAAUUUUUAGAUCUUGGCACAUAUGUGGGUGCCAACAUGCUGAGAAGUUAUUUACCAGCUUUUUAAAACUCUUCAUGACAAUUACAGAUCUGAGCAUCAUGUAACAUGCUACUGCUGAAAAAACAGUAGUUCCUCUUAUUUUUCAUCCAGAAUGCAGAGCUGCAACAUUUCCUGAUAUCAAACUACCCCAAAAUGUUUGAUCACUUUAACAUAUAUGCAGGGUUAUAGUGAUGAAUAAAAUCACAAACAACUGAUUUUUUUUUUUUUCGAUUUUGAGGAGAACGAGCCACAGAAGUCGAGCUUAUUGACAGCGGCUGUCUAAUCCCUGGCUGCUGAAAUGGUUUUUAGGGACUUGGAAUGUUACCUUUCUGAUGGUAAAGGAGCCUUAACUUGUGUGGGAGGUUGACAGAAGCAGACUAGAUUUACUUGUUCUCACCUCAACAUACAGCACAGGCUCUGGAACCAGUCUCCUGGAUAGGAGCAAGACACUACUCUGGAGUUACCCAGGGUGAGAGGUGGCAGGCAUACGCACUCAAAGCCUGUUCUGAUUCUGUUCUUACUUUCAUGUACAGGAUUACUAAGGACUGGAGGCUGUUCAGUUGAUAGAGAAAUUUUGCAACUCUGCAAUUUGUACUAAAAAAUACAGCUCAAAAAGAAGCCAGUAAAAUGUUUUCCAGCAUACUGGCGCACCUCUUUUUUUGUCAUUAUUUUCAGAUGUCAGGGUAUUUUUGUGCUAAGAUACAAAGCUGUUGAAAAACUGAAACUAUUUUUGUUUUUCUUACAAACAUUUUAAUUAAUGUGACUUUCAGGACAUAUAAAGGUGCUUGUUUGGUUUUCUGAAAAACAGCUGUCAAACACAGAACACAGUACACAACACUCAACUCCACUAAACAUCCUUUGCACUAUUUUCAGGUCAUUUCAAAACACGGUGCAAUGUGGUACGAAACAUAUUAAACCAUGAUGCUGUGUGGCAAA